CAUCGACCAUUUUACUUUCGACUGCUGAGUGCCUUGCAUAUUCACAGACUCCCUAACCUUGAAAUUCUCCGCCUUGCAAAUUAGUACCGUUGGCAACCAUGAAUUGUCAAUCAACCUGAUCUCGCGGACCGUGUCAUCUCGGGCUGCGAGUCUCGAAAUCUGUCCAAGAGAGGCAUCUGCUCCCUCCUGUGUAAACCACCAGGCACGAACACAACCAUGCCAUCCCGCAAGUACAUGGCCAACGGCCUUCCAUCCUCACGAACACCGUCUCCACCAGAUUCCUUUGAGAGUACCUCUUCCACAAGCACUUAUUAUUCCGCAACCUCAAAUCCGUCGCCGCCUUCUUCGCCGGCAUCAUCGAAGCCGAUUCUCAUUCCACCUUCCAUGUACAGCACAAAUCCUCCAAAGCCGCGACGGAUAUCACCUCCUCAGACGGUCUUGGGUGCCAUUGAUGAGAACAGUGGUGCUGUCCAACCCGAUGUACCUUUGUCCGCAAACAAGGAGGCCAGCCCUAUUACCAAACUACACGCCUAUGCCUCGGCACCCAACUGUAGGAAGAAGCCUACGAUAGCAUCUGCGUCGAGUCCCCCCCGGAGCGAAUUUGACUUCCUGAUCGGUCCUAACGGUGAGAGGUUCACUGAUCUACGCAUGAACCGGAAGCUGGACGCUGCAAAAACCCGAGGCGUGCUCAAGCGUCUGGUGUGCUUUGGAUGAAACGAUCUGGCAGUCUGCGUCCUCGCUUCGCAGAAGUUUCUGAUCUCGCUACUCCAGGUCGUAGAUGCCCCAGCAAGGAAUGCGAUUCAUUAACGCAUACGAAACCUUCCUGUCCAAACACCUAGCUGCCCUGGCGCUGUGGCUCGACAAAAGCACGAGAACGAAUCCUCAUGGCAAGUGCCUGGAAAGCAUCUUUGGCACAAACAACACUUAUGAUGGGACACGAGACAAGACAGCAAAUGGAGGCACCUUCACCAGAUUAUGAGCUGGGCUGUAGGAGGAAGGGAAACCACAGCACCUUGAACCGCAGCGAAUUUCAUGAAACAGGCCUGAGGAUUGAUGACAUUGUACGAGUAUAUGAAGGGGCUCAGAACAUGCUGUUGCCAGACCUUGGAAUCAUUCUGGACACAUAAGUCGAGAGGAGUCGUGUAGCAUAUUGCAGAUGCUCCUUCGAGCCGAAUAACACUGUGAUUCUG